AUGAAGCACUCUUUUAUGGCGCCGUUCGAGGCCGUAAACGACUUCACGGGCAUGCGCGUUAUCUCCGACUGGGAGCUGGGCGGCUCCGCGGUGGCGCACAGGGGGUUCGUGCGGCUGACGGCGGAGAAGCAGUCGCAGAAGGGGUGGAUCGCCAACCGCAACUCCUUCGAGGGCGGCGAGUGGAGCCUCGCGAUGGAGCUGCGCGCGACGGGCGAGUCGCAGGCGUGCCGCGAGAGCAGCGCCGCCCUGCCGCCUCGCUGCCACGCCGCCUCGCGCCCGCCUGCUGCCGGCGAGCGGCUCCAGCUUGGCUUCAUCGCGGCCGCGCACACCUCUUCUCCCCUCGCCCACCCCGCGCCAACUUUGCCCUCCGAUCUGCCGCCCUCUGCACGCCUCACGUGCACGGCUUCCGCUGAGCUCUCCCUCCCGUGCGGCGGCAGUACCUCUUCGGGGACGGGCUCGCGAUCUGGUUCACGACGGCGUACGACGUGA